UCCUUGAGGAGCAGGGAGUCUCACCUGUAAAGAUGGUCACAGCACCUGGGGCUCAAGAGAAUUAGUGAGAACCCAUACAGAGCACGGGGCAGGACCUGGGACUGGAGGGAUGUUCAUGGUCAUUAUCUCCUUUCUCUCUGCACAUCACCAAUGUCAUUUCUUCUCACUCUUCCCUGCUCAAGAACCUUCCAUAGCUCCCCAGUACCCUCAGGAUAACAUCCAAGUCCUUUAUGGCAUUGGAGACUUUUGGAUUUUGAUUUUUUUGCCAUCCAGUACUGGGUCUCUGGAACAUUUGUGGAACAUUUGUGGCAUCCAUCUCUGCUCCUCCCACUUUCUCAUCUUCCUCUCUGAGAACCCAGGAGCCUAAAGUCCUCCCUGCAGGGACUCUGGAGAUCACUCAGCUCUUGGGGUAACUCAGGCAGGAAAGGGUUUACUUUGGCUCACGGUCCUGCUCUGAGGCCAAGGGGCCACAUCUGGCAUCGCCUUGUUGCAGGCAGAGUCCAGAGGCAGCCCUGACUGCAACGGGGGACAGGAUUUCAGACGCAGAUGUCCUCAGCAAGGCCCCUCUCCACCCACACAUGGCCUGUCCAGGGAACUCUGGCGUGGCAGGGAAAGAAAGGCAAAGAAAAAGCAAGAGGAAGGGGAAGCUGUGUUUUGAGCCCCACCGCCAGCAGCACAGGGACGGAAACUACACCCUGAAUGCAGGAAUCCGGAACUGGGGGCCUGGACAAUUUGUCCCUGAGCAGCCACCUGCCUGCCGCCGGCCGCACCCAGCAAACCUUUCAGCUACACUGGCACCCAGGCCUGACCCUAGGAAGGAAGCGACUGGAGGCCAGCAUGUGGAGCUACCUGUUCCUUCUGCCCAUCUUCCUGGCGCUCUGGGCUAUCGCUGGUGUCUGGAUUGUUUUUGCGAUUGCUGUGGUCAACGGGUCUGUGAACCUCACCCAUGGCUUCCCUUACAUCAGUAUCUGUGGCUCCUACCCCCCUCAGAGCUGCAUCUUCGGCCAGGUUCUCAAUAUGGGGGCUGCUGUGGCCGCCUGGAUCUGCAUUGUGCGUUAUCAGCAGCUCCGGGACUGGGGCGUCAGAACGUGGCUUAACAAGUUGACCCUGUGGUCUGGGCUCAUCUGUGCUCUAGGGACCUCGGUGGUUGGCAACUUUCAGGAAAAACACCAGAAGCCCACGCACCUGGUGGGGGCCUUUUUCGCCUUCAUCGUGGGCAACAUCUACUUCUGGCUGCAGCUCCUUCUGUCCUGGCAGAUGAAGAGCCGGCCCCAGCCCGGGGAGCCCUGGAUCCGGCCGCUGCGCCUGAGCCUGUGCAGCCUGUGCAGCCUCCUCAUCGUGGCCAUGCUCCUCCUCCACCACUGGCCGCUGCGCUCCGCCUCCGCCGCCUGCGAGUGGGCCCUGGCCAUGCUGCUCUUCACGCUCUUCGGCCUCUUUGCCGUGGACUUCUCAGGCCUGGAUGGCUGCACCCUGUGCCUGCGGCCAGGGCAGAGCCCGGAGCCCCAGCCUGCGGCCCCCACGGCCCCGCAGUCCCCGCGGGCGCCCAGAGCCGACCUCCCUCGCGCCUGUGGAGGAAGCGGGCCGGAGCCCCCGGGGGACCCCGAGAUGAACCAUCGGGGUCUCUCCAGCAGGAGGGAUUGGGCUGUGGAGGGAUUGGGCUGUGGAUCCUUCCUGUCCCGGAGCCUAGGGGACACUCGGAGCCGCUGCGAGGCCGGCGCCCCAGUGCCCGCCGGUCCCCGCCCCUGCAGUGAGGGCCCCCCAGGAAGCGAGAGGCCGAGGCCAGCUUCUGUCCCUGAUCAAGGCUAUUUAUUAUUAUUUUUUGUUGUUGCCGCCGGCAGAAUCAGAGACAUGGACGCAGGCAGGAUCACGCGAAACCAGAAUUCCUUCCGGGAGAGCAAAUCCGUACAGAAGGUUGUGGGGACGGGGUGGGGGGGACCCAGGAAGGGGAGUUGGGGACGACACAGGGACAGAGGGUCCUGUCCGGAUCUGCUAAGCCACCCCAACCAGCUCCCGUCCCUCCCCCACCCCACCCGCAGAGAGAUUGAUCAAUAA